ACAUGAAAUUUUAUUGUUGCUUACAAGUUGCCAUGGAUACGGAAUUUACACAGUUAAAUAUAUAUGGUCAAGUAAUAUACCAAGUACUGUAUUUUACUUAACAACUUUACUAUUUAAAUCAGCUCAAAGUAUGAAGAUAAGAUUUUAUAAAUCAUUAAAUAUUUUGAGGCGACAAUUAAUAAUUGCCGGUAUUAUUUGUCUAAUACCUAAAUCAUAUGGAUUAAAUUGUACGAGUGAUCCAUGUAUGUAUGGAAUCUGCUUAGAUAAUGAUAAUAAUUCAUACUCAUGCUAUUGUAUCGAUGGCUACACUGGAAUUAAUUGUGAAAUAAAUUGGGAUGACUGUUGGUCAAAUCCUUGUUACAAUGGCGGUACGUGUAAUGAUGGAGUUGCCUCGUAUAAUUGCACGUGUCUAGAUGGUUUUAUAGGGAUAAAUUGUGAAACAAAAUAUAGCGAAUGUAUGAACCAGCCGUGUCUUAAUAAUGGGACAUGUAUUGAUUACAAUGGAUUCACGUGCCAAUGUCAAGAAGGAUACUCAGGAGAUUAUUGUGAGAUAGACGUAUCAGUGUGCAACAGUACGAUUUGUAAAAAUGGUGGUGAAUGUAUUGAUGGCCCAGGGUAUUCAUACAAUUGUCAUUGUCGCGACGGAUGGACCGGUGACUUAUGCGAAGAAGACAUCGAUGAAUGUCUCAGUUCGCCGUGUCAGAACGGUGGACUUUGUUUAAAUAUUCCAGCAACAUACACAUGUGCCUGUUUAUUUGGUUUCACGGGAAAAGAUUGUGACAAAGUCAUAGUAGCCUGCGAAAAUAAUCCAUGUAAAAAUGAUGCCAUGUGUCUUUUAGAAGACAAUCAACCAGUUUGCUACUGUGUCCCAGAUUAUCAUGGCCAACUAUGCGAAAUGCGUUACAAUGAUUGCGAAUCAAAGUACGCGCAUUGUGAAAACGGCGGAACUUGUAUUGACGGUAUCAAUAAUUUCACGUGUUCCUGCCCGCCACUUUACAGUGGAGAAAUGUGUACCUUCUAUAGCCCAAAUUUGAUCACCGAAUCUCAUACAAUAAAUGCAACUCAACACACUGAUACCUCAACCUAUACCUCUACAUUAUCAACAAGCCCUCAACCACAACCACAACCACAAGUAACUGAACAUGAACAUACUGAGCAUUUAACGACUGAAAAUUGCAUUGAAUCGACAAUAUUAUCAUCAUCAUCAAUAACAACAACAACAAUAUCAACACUAAUUACUGACAAUACAACAAAAUCAUUAACCAGCAGCACCAGAGAAAUAAACGACACAUGGACAGAAAGUCCAGUUACUUAUGAGACAAGUACUGAUAAAUUUACUACCUCUCAAUCAAUAAUCACUAUAGACACUUUAUCAAGUACAGCAGAUUAUAGUAAAGAUAAAACGACUGUCCCUGAGACUUCAACAAAUGUCUUCCAAAUAAAUGACACAAAAUCAAACAAAACUUUUUCUACCGAAGCUUCCUUAGACUCUUCUACUAAAGUACCAAUUGUCCAAUCAAAUGAGACUGUAUCAAUAGAUUUGACAUCAACGACACCAUUAUCCUCAUCAUUGCCAUCAAGUACAAUGACGGCAAUUAAAUUAACAACUUGGCCAGUGGAAAAAAAUUUUACAACUCAAUUGUCGAUGGAAGAAAAUAAAAGUCUGCCUUUAUUUACUACUACGUCAUUACCAAUAAUUUUGACAAGCAAUAAAAUAAUUAAUGAAAGUUUGAUAACUUUUUCAAUGCCAACUACAACUUCGACAAUUGAUUUGCCAUUAACUAUACCGACACUGAGUGAUUUUACAACAGAUAAAUCACUAAUUACUCCUGCAACGAUUGCGUAUUCUAUUGGAACUGAAGGACAAGGGCGAUCUAAGCCUUAUAAUUGUACUGCUGAUGAUUGUAUUCAUGCUAUUACACCAUGUACAUCUAGCAAUACUAGUCAAUGUGAUUGCGAUUCAACUGACUGUACACCAGCUGUAACUCGAUCGUCAUCAACUAUCACGAACGCAGCAUUUAAUGGUAAAUCUUACGUUCGCCAACAACUUACGAUAGAUGACAGUGGAUUAUUGAAAAUUUAUUUAAGACUAAAAACAAAAUCUAAAAGUGGAAUUAUUAUGCAUGCGUUUUUUGACGAAGAAAGAUAUGUUUUAUUGUAUAUGGAAUUAGGACAAUUGAAAUUUCAAUUUUCAUGUGGACUACAGACGAUGUUACUUGGUGAAAUAGAUACGCCAAUUAAUAAUGGAGUUGAUGUUGACAUAGAAAUGAGAUUUAAAUAUUUAGUAGAAAAUGAAAUAGGAAAAUGUUCAGCAAGAUUGUUUGUUAAUAAUACAAUGGCAAUGAGUGGUGAACAAAUGUUAUCUGCACGUACUGAUAUUCCACAAAUAGUACGCGUACAUUUCGGUGGUAUACCACAAGCAUUUUCACAUUAUUUCCCGCGGAUCGCGUUAGGAUUUAUUGGAUGCAUGAGUUUAUUAAAGGUAAAUGACGUUGAAAGACAUUUUAUUUUGGAUUCUGUUGAAACUUAUCAAAUAGAAGAGUGUACGUCAUUUUUAUGUCUACUCAACCCAUGUAAAAAUUUCGGAUCUUGCCAUGAUAUCGAUGGCAAAGUUUAUUGCAAAUGUAUACCUGGAUAUGCUGGUGAACUAUGCGAAAAAACAGCUUGCGAUGAUAAUCCAUGUUAUCUUGGGUCAACAUGUAUCAGUUCACCAGGAACGGGAUUUAUUUGUGUUUGUCCUUUGAAUAUGCACGGCCGUCGUUGUGAAGAAGAAUCCAUAAUAGUGGAUCCGUCAUUCUCAGUUUUCAUUCCUGGAUUUUCAUCAUAUAUCGCAUACGGCAUCAAUGGUCUGAUACAGAAUUAUAUGGAAAUAAAAAUGCGUAUCAUGCCACAUUCUGUUGACCAGAUAUCAUUGAUAGCUUAUAUAGGUCAAGGUGCUGUUUCAAGAGACACUACUGAUCAUUUUUCUGUUACAUAUGUCAAAGGCUAUAUUAUGUUAACAUGGGAUUUAGGAUCAGGUGUAAGAAGAAUUUUUACCAAACGUCCAUUGUCAUCACGAUCACGAGGACCCUAUACUCUACAUGUCGGUCGUCGUGGUCGAGAUGCUUGGUUAUUUGUUGAUGGUAUCGGUAAUGUAACAGGACAAGCCGCUGGUACAAUGAAUAAAUUAAAUGUAUCACCAUUACUUUAUAUCGGUGGGCAUAAAUCUAAAAAUUUUGAAACACUACCACAUGAUUUGCCACUUCAUACCGGAUUUUCUGGAUGUAUUUAUGAAAUUGAGUUACGUACGGAAAAUACUGUAAUUCCUGUAACUAAAUCUAGUCCAGCAUCAGGCCGUGGUGUUGGUGAAUGUCAUCGUAAUGAGUGUACUUAUAAUACAUGUAAGAAUGGCGCUGUUUGUUUGAAUCAUGGACCAACUUAUAGCUGCAUUUGUAUGAAAGAAUGGCAAGGACCGGACUGUACUGUACCAGCAGUAACUUGUUCGUCUUCAAAUCUAUCGUGCCAGUCUAUGACGAGUAUAUGAAGGAGUUUUUUUUAAACG